UAUGUCCCCUUCGGGGUGACAUACGUAAAAAUUGGAACGAUACAGAGAAGAUUAGCAUGGCCCCUGCACAAGGAUGACACGCUUUUCCAGAGUGGUAGACCUACGGGUCUCAAUAUUUAUUGCUCCUUUUUUUGCCUGAGUCGACGUAUACAAGCUUUUACACCGAAAAUUCUAUUUUGA